AUGCAGAAGAAAGCUUCGACGGUGGUGUUUUUCGGUCAGACGCUGGCAGCGGUGGCGCAGCCGCUCAUCAUCUUCACGCCCACCAAGAUGGCGGCGUUGUGGUUCCCCGAUCACCAGCGAGCCACGGCCAACAUGAUGGCCUCCAUGGCCAACCCGCUGGGCAUCCUCAUCGCCAACAUGGCGUCUCCAAAGAUCGCUCGCACGGCACAACUCCCACUUUUGAUGUUGGUCUAUGCCGUUGUUGCCUGCGUCAGCUGUUUCCUCGUCACCAUGGGCAUGCGUGUGCUGCUGAGGAACCGAGCGUACCUGCUGCUGCUGUGCUUUGGCUCGGGCGUGGCCGUGUUCACCUGCUUCUCCACGCUGCUGGACCAGAUCCUGUGUGUGCAGGGAUACACCGACGAUUUCGUGGGUCUAUGCGGCGCACUCUUCAUCGCGUUGGGCAUGGUGGGCGCCGCCCUGCCGGGGCUUUACGUUGACAAAACCAAGAAGUUCAUAGAGGCCAUCAAAGUCAACAUGAGCCUCUCUGCCAUGGUGGCCUGCGCCUUCACUGUGGUGUGUCUGAUACAAGAUCAGAAGGUGGCCGUAGCGAUUGUUUGCGCUCUUUUUGGCUUCUUGGGUGUCUCCAUCUACCCGGCCGUGAUGGAGUUGUCCGUGGAAUGUUCCUACCCUGUGGGAGAGGCCACCUCCGCCGGACUGGUCUUCAUAUCAGGACAAGUUCAGUCGCUGAUUUACAUCAUCCUGCUUCAAGCUUUGGCAACACCCAUCGCAGAGUCGCCUCGCUUAACCUGCACGCUCGCCCCUCAGAGCUGGAAAGUUCCUGUGAUGCUGCUGUCCGCACUGAGCGCCGUGUCCUCCUGCAUCUUCCUCAUCUUCUUCCACACGCCCUACAGGCGCCUGGAGGACGAAAAAGCCGCCAUUUACGGGACCGGCCAGGGCAACGGAACCGCCGCCAGCGAGAACAAGUGAUCCGGCCGAGUAACGUUUUCAUAACAAAAUAACCAAGAAGUAUUUUGUCCUUUGUUAUGUCACCACUUUUAUGGAGGUUCAUUUAUAUCUUCAUUAGGAAAAGUUUUCUUUUGACAAUUUCCAUCCAUUUCCUACCGCUUGUCCCUUUUGGGGUCGCGGGGGGUGCUGGAGCCUAUCUCAGCUGUAUUCGGGCGGAAGGCGGUGUACACCCUGGACAAGUCGCCACCUCAUCACAGAUAGACAGACAACAUUCACACUAGGGACCAUUUAGUGUUGCCAAUCAACCUAUCCCCAGGUGCAUGUCUUUGGAGGUGGGAGGAAGCCGGAGUACCCGGAGGGAACCCACGCAGUCACGGGGAGAACAUGCAAACUCCACACCGAAAGAUUUUAGUCCUAGUUUGAUCACGUAAGCCAGGACCUUCGUAUUGUGAGGCACAUGCACUAACCCCCUGUGCCACCGUGCCAUUUAUGCAACUGAAUUUUGUGUACAUCAAAUUAUGCUGGCAGAUGAGUACUGUUACUUUCAAAUAUGACUCAAGUAAAAAGUGUUGAUCACAAUAAUUAGUUGAG